AUGUUGACAAGUGGCCGCCCGUGUCUCGGAAGGCGUCUUUCCAUCGCCUUGGACACCGUCGCGGCUGGCCCGGAGGAUCCUCUGCUAUUCCUCUACCCCCGAUGGGCGGCCUCCGCCGUACAGCAACGGCGACCGAUCGCGUCCUUAGCUCUUCGAGCAGCCCCGAAGAAAAGCAAUCGAACCCCUCGCUCCUUCCGUACACCAAACAACCCCUCUGUAUAUACAUCUCCCCGACCGUUCCCUCAACAAUCGACCCAAUGGCACUCCAACCUCGCGAGCCGGGAUCUCAACGACCCACCAGAAAGCCUCUCGUCGCCAGUGCAAGACGACAAUACGGAGCCCACAGAUAAUGCUUAUGAGCUCAGGAAAUCUGUAUCAAGCAAUGGCUCUGUACAUUACCCGCAUCUGCAAGUCGAGGUCGACGACGACCUAGCACACGUGCCACAUAACCGAACUGGUCAAAAUACCACCCGUACAAACCCGCGGGAACGCCGAAAGGAGGGUCAACGACGUGCUGCUGCUUCCACAGAAUCUCAACAUCAGUCAAAGCUUGAUCCAACGGAGGAAAUUCAAGAAAUACUUUCCGUCCGAGAUCGGAGGAAGCUUCGCUAUGAAGCUUAUUUGAAACAGACUCAACCUCAGGCGUUUUCUGCUGCAAUGCAUGAGAGUUGGGAAGAUAUGAUGUACCUGAUAGAGGAAGUUGAGGAAAUAACUCAAACCCAGACCAGAAGAAGCAAUAGGCACAGGGAGCUGCUUAUUCCAGAAGAAACGGUGGCGGCGUUAUCUGGUAUGAUCGAUAAAAGUAUGAAGGAGAAUAUAUGGUAUAUGCAUCUACGCAAUGGAUGUAAAGUGCAAAUAUUGCAUCCCCGAGAAGGCGACGGAAUGAAUCGCAAGGUCAUUUUGACGGGAUCCGAACGUACUACGGAGCUGAUCAAAGGGGAUUUCCAACGCAUCCAAUCCCUUCAAGCUAGCGGCGAUCCUCUCGUUGAGAUAGGCAAGCCCCCCGUUUCCAUUUAUGCCACGAGAGAGAAUGCCCCCACAAUACGCGGAGUUUGGAAUUUCCUCUCGAGCAAGAAAAAACCAUUUACUCUCGAAUCUGUUCUUGCCUCUCGUCCUUCGUUGAGCACCGUCAAGGAAUUUGCUGAAUUCGUUGAGGACUUGACAAAUGCACACGGAUUGUCUGUUAAGAGUACCAAAGGGAUCCCAAACGGACGCUCGGUACGCUAUGGGAUUGAAAUCGCGCAGCAUAUUGAAGCGCUUUUCCAGGAUGAUACAUAUCGCAAGGUAUUCUCUACAGCUGCUUUGAACCAAGCCCUGGAAUUCCUGUGCGGCCGUGAUCAACUCAAGGCUGCCCGGCUUGUAUUUCGACAAGGACAAUAUGUUGCUACCGCAGACACCUAUAAUAUUCUACUACGAAGUGCCGGGCGCCGCCAGGAUAUCAAAUCCUUUCGUUGGUGCCUCAAAUUGAUGGCCGGAGCUAAGAUUUCCCCGAACUCUGACACCUGGCUCGCUCUGCUGGAGACUUUUGUCACUCCAAGCACUAAGGUUUCUUUAAUUACGCGUAUGGCGCACAAGGGUCUUUUGACAGAUGUAGCGGUGAUUCGAUCUGCUCUUCAAAUAACGAUUCAAGAUUCGCUCUAUGUGCACCUUCAAAAUGGACAAAACGUUGAAUCUUACUUUGCUCUCAUGAAACAAACCCAUGGGGCUGAUUGGUUCAAUGCAACGCUACUUGGCCAGAUGUUCAGUGUAGCUUCUCGUUUGAAGAACUUCGACGCAGUCAAUGAGUUGCUGGCGAUAUGCGCCAAAGAGUCGUUUGCAGUUGACGGUAUAUGUCUUGCUCAGAUUAUGCCCAUGUGUCGUUCAAGCAUUAGCCGUGCACUUCACUACACAUUUGAAUUUGGCAAAUUUUCUUCGUUCCGUUUUGUGCCCCAGGUGUGGGAGCGUUUGUUCUUGAUCGCCUUCAAGAGUCGCAAGUACAACAUUUGCCGAGUACUUUGGCGUCACGCCUGCUUGCAAAAAUCUGUCACAUACAAGAUGAAGCAAACUGUUCUCUCUACCCUGAGCCGCAACGUGUCCUAUAAAAAGACUGAUCAGAUCCGCGAGCUUUGGGACAUCAACGCUGGAAAAGUCAUCGUUGGUCUUGAUCAGAAUACUGGGAGCAGUAUCAUUUCAAAGUCCACGUUGGCAGAACUUCCUUCCGAAUUUCAAGAUAACCCUUUGCUCUUCCUCACGUCCGGAUUCAAGAGUGCUGGCGAACAACGCGAUCUCCAGCUUCGCGUAGCCAAAGAAAUUGUCAACACAGACAUCUUUCAAGCCCCAAAAUAUGAGCCUGUCAACUCUGUUUUCAUCAUGCUGGAAGCUGCGGCUAUAAUGGAUGAGCAAUGGAAAGGUGCACCGCGACCCUUGAACUGGGUGUUGCAGAAUGCCAUCCAAAUUCCGGUGAAACCCCGUCAAAUGGACACCUGGAAACCAGUCGAACAGCUUCAGUCAAGCGCUGAGAGCAGUGACAGCUCCUAA